AUGCUCAGCGCAAGAAACAACAAAUCUUUGAGCAAUUCAGCAGAGAAUCUUGAAAACAAAUACACUGUAACUCAAAAACAAAAAAUACUUCAAAUUGUGAAUGAGGGUGAUUUGGAAACUUUGUCCAGGUAUGAUGUUGCAAAAACUCGAAUAAAGAAGCUUACCGAAUGGGUAAACAAAUAUGGUAAACUAAACACAAUAUCACAACUGGAAACUGUUGAUGGCUUUACAGAAAAGACAGUAAAGAAAUUCUGCACGAGUAUAAUAAAUGGUGUACCAAAAAAUCUCAGUAAUAGGAUCAAAGGUCAAAUUUUGCAUCCUGCAUUGUCUGAUAUUGUUAGACAGAGUUGCAGGUCUGUGUUAUCAGUCUAUGUGACAAUUAACUCUGUUUGCUGGACGCUCAUUGAUCGAGCUAACUAUGAAGUGUUGGAAUGGAAAUAUCAUGGUAUUGAUUAUCCAGAGGGCAAGCGUUUUCAGAUUACAGAUAUUUUGGACAUAGCUUGGAAUAUAACUAAAAAUCUACCAAAUGCUGACCUUUAUGUAAUGAAAGCAGAAGCGACCAGUCUUCGAGCAAGUGGUAGUGAUCCUAAUAAUCCUAAAAUGCUCACUGUUAAUUUACAAAAGGCUCAGUUAAUUGCAAUGAUGGUUACCCUGAUCAAUACAAGAAGCAAUGAUGUAAAUGUAAGUUCUAGUGAGGAUAAUGCCGAACCAUUUAAACUAAACCAAAAGGUAUAUUUUCUGCGACCUACUCUACCUUAUAGGUUGCACGGCACCUUGGUGGGCAACGAGAGGGUCUCAACAGAUCAGACGGUGGAAAUGCUCCUGCAGGAGGCGAGGGCAUCCCGUUGGGAUAACUCCCACGCCCACGUGCCCGACCGGCUCGCCACCAUGUUCCGCUCGCAAAAGGACCUGCAGAAGGACAUGCUCGGCCACUGCUUGCUGCUGGCCCUGACCUUCAUGGACCUCUGCAUAUACGUCAACCCGGAGAGCAUAAAGAGGUUGACGUGCCGGGGAAAU